AGGACCUUCUCCAUUCCCGCGAUCUCUCAAUCUCUCUCUCUCUCUCUCUCUCGUCUUCGAUCUCCUUCUGAGGGGCGUCAAUGGCGUUCCGUUUGGGAGGUUUGAGGAGCUUGGGAGCUGUCCUGCUCGUCGUCUACUUCGUGGAGGUGAUUUUCAUAUCUCUGGUUAGAUCAGAUGUAUCAGAUGCAGAUCCACGAAUGUUUUCUGAUAAUACAAUUGGAAGGGAUUUUAAAGGAUAUAGGCGUCUACUGGAUUGCCCAAACUGCAAUGAUGAAGAGAAUGUUGAUAUAACUACUACAUACACGGAUGCUUCUGGAAAUGUUCGAACAUAUAAGGUCAAAUCAAAUGAUUUAUCCUCUUCCUGGAUUUGGGCUAGUUCUGCUGAUGAAGAAGUCUCACAGUAUAUUGGUGCACAGGAGCAGAAAGGUUUUUCUGAGCAAGUUGUCAAUAGAUCACAACAUGGUGAUGUUCUUCUCUCUAAUAAAGAGCAGCAAACCAACCCAGUGGAUCCUGUGAAGCUUAAACGGCAGAUUUUGCGACAAAGACGGAGAGAACAGAGAGCUGCGGAGCUGAUUCAAGUGAGUGAUGAUGCUGAAUUGCAGAUGCAAGCUGCAGCAAUCCAGCGUUCUAGACAGUUCAAGAACAUAAAUAGGGGGAAAUACAGCAUAUGGAGGAGAGAAUAUCAAAGCCCCAACUCAGAUUCAACCUUAAAACUCAUGAAAGAUCAGAUUAUAAUGGCUAAAGUAUAUGCUAGCAUUGCUCGCUUGAAGAAAAAUUUUGAGCUUGCUGAUUCCCUAACGGAAUGUAUUAGACAAAAUCAAAUGGUAAUUGGAGAGGCAAGUUCAGAUGCUGAGCUGCACUGGAGGGCUCCUCAUCAAGCAAAAAUUAUGGGCCACCUUCUGUCUCUGGCGAAAGACAUGCUAUAUGAGUGUGAUGAUGUUGCCAGAAAGUUGCGGGUUAUGAUUCAGUCUACGGAAGAAAGCAUAAAUGCCCUAAAGAAACAAAGCACCUUCUUGAUUCAACAUGCUGCAAAGACAACACCCAGGCCUCUUCACUGUCUUCCUCUACAGCUCACGACUGACUAUUUCUUUUUCAAUUAUGGGAAUAAAGAAAUGGAAGAUAAGGGCAAGCUUGUAGAUCCUUCCCUCUAUCAUUAUGCUAUAUUCUCUGAUAAUGUCCUUGCGACAUCAGUUGUUGUCAAUUCCACAGCAGCACAUGCCAAAGAACCAGAGAAACAUGUGUUCCAUAUAGUCACUGAUAAGUUGAACUUUGCAGCUAUGAAAAUGUGGUUCAUUCUCCAUCCUCCUCCACAUGCAACUGUUGAUGUGGAGAACAUUGAUAGUUUUAAGUGGCUGAAUUCUUCUUAUUGUUCAGUUCUUCGUCAGCUUGAGUCUUCAAGGCUCAAAGAAUAUUACUUCAAAGCUCAUCACCCUUCAUCUCUUUCAGCUGGACAUGAGAAUCUCAAGUAUAGAAAUCCAAAGUAUUUGUCUAUGCUUAACCAUUUGAGGUUUUAUAUGCCAGAAGUAUAUCCAAAGCUUGAGAAGAUACUAUUCCUUGAUGAUGAUGUGGUUGUUCAGAAGGAUCUGACACCACUCUGGUCUAUUGACAUGAACGGAAUGGUGAAUGGUGCUGUGGAGACCUGCAAAGAGAGCUUUCACCGGUUUGACACAUAUCUUAAUUUCUCAAAUCCAAAAAUUUCUCAGAAUUUUGAUCCACAGGCUUGUGGAUGGGCAUUUGGAAUGAAUAUGUUCGACUUGAAGGAAUGGACGAAGAGAAAUAUUACUGGUAUAUAUCAUUAUUGGCAGGAUCUGAAUGAAGAUCGGACACUAUGGAAACUUGGAUCACUGCCUCCAGGUUUGAUAACCUUCUACAACUUGACAUACCCUCUUGAUCGGAAUUGGCAUGUCUUGGGUCUCGGCUACGAUCCAGCAAUCAAUCCUACAGAGAUAGAGAAUGCAGGAGUCAUUCAUUACAAUGGCAACUACAAGCCAUGGUUAGACCUUGCUAUUUCCAAGUAUAAGUCCUACUGGUCGAAGUAUGUAAUGUCUGAUAAUCCUUAUCUCCAGUUUUGCAAUAUAAACCCAUGAAGAUAUAGCCCAAGAUACUGCAGUAUGACAAUCCUUAUCUUUUCAGUUUUGUAUAUAUUUGACUCAUUUCUUUAAUUCAGAACUUCACAACAAGUCUAAGUAUCAUUUGCCUCUUAGACUAAAUA